CUUGUACAUUGACGGGGUUCCAUUUCGCGGUCACGGCGUUGGUCGGCAUGGCAUCAGCUGCAGUGGGUUAUAUUUCAAGCAAAGCCACCGUGCCGUUUUUGGAGCUCGCCUGGUUCUCCAUCGUCGCGAAUCUUUCCAUUGUCUCUAUGAAUCUCAGCCUCAUGCUCAACACCGUUGGCUUCUACCAGAUUGCGAAACUCAGUAUCAUACCGACCGUGUGUCUCUUUGAAGCGUUGCUUCACUCCAAGGCUUAUUCUCGAGAAGUAAAAUUCUCAGUGGUCGUUGUGAUGGUGGGAGUGGGAGUCUGUACCGUCACUGACGUCAGCAUGAACCUUAUGGGUUUUCUUGCUGCUCUUGUCGCCGUGAUCAGCACUUCCCUGCAGCAAAUUUUCAUCGGGUCCCUUCAAACCAAGUACAACAUUGGGUCUUUUGACCUGCUCAGCCAAACUGCACCCAUCCAAGCAGCAUCUCUGGUGGUGCUUGGCCCCUUUGUUGACUAUUUUGUUACAAGUCUGAACAUUACAGAAUACACCCUUACUGCUGGAUGCACG